AAAAAGCUCUUCAGUUUGCGAGGUGUCCCAGCAGUGGGCCAGCUGCCACUGCAGCACUAUCGGAGCGGAGCACUGAGCAGCGAUGUCGUGAAGGCAUGCAGCGGCUCAGCAGGUUGACAAACCCGGCGAUGCUUUGAGAGCGCCACAGAAAGGCCGUUUUUAACAAGGGGUCCAUUCUCUGGCGGGCAGUCUCCAGAAGGAGUCCCACCGCCCCCAGUCUGGCUGGCUCUCACACAGCUCUGCUGAAUGGGAGCUGCUGGGGUGUUGGGAGAGCACUUGGGCUCCAGAGGGCCCUCUUUUCAGGGCUCCGGAGAGGUUUGAGUUCAAUACGUGGCAGAACUUCAGUAAACACUCCUUUCAGUGUGUUUAAACCAUUCUAUGAACUCAUUCCUCUUUGAAAAAGUACUAAAGCUCGUGUAAUCGACAGUCACAGAAAUGUAGUAAAAAUCUACCAAAAAAAAGUGAGAAGUCAAGCGUUUUCUUCCAGAGGAAAUGUUUCGAUAUUUGUACAGACCUAGUUCUACUUACUUCCUUUGAUUACUUUUAUGAGUAAUUUAUAUGAAGACAAAUGGUGUUUAUUGUUUGAAAUCUGAUUGCUGUCAUUAAAUAAAAGUGAACUCUCUACAGACUCAUUAAGCUUAACUCACAAUAUUUUAAAUCUUUUUUGGCAGAGACAGUUAGUUCACGGCGGUUUAAAAGCCUGGAGGACACUGUAGUCAGGGUUUCCUUAAGCGCAUGUUCCAUGUGUAGCGGGUUUGAACCCCCGUGCUGCCCUUCAUUACGCGCGUGACCGGGCCCAGGUGUGUAAGCGCACUCGCGAGGAGGCGACGCCCCUUCUGUAGCGACCACCCGCGCGGCCCGGAGGCGCAGACUGCGCGAGCUCAUCCCACUGAAUCAGGAGCUGCGCGCGCAGUGGCGAGGUUCGGGUCCGCGUGAAACCUGCACCCCCGGGGCACGAGCGCCGCCUCCUCCGAAACGACAGCAAAGGUCUUCGCGAUCCAGCGCAAGCAAACAGUUUGCACGCGCAACGAUGGCAGGGAAGCGAGACGUUUCGCCGAGCGAGGAAGACUUCACCUUCGUCAGUCCGGUUGUGAAAUACUUGCUGUUCUUCUUUAACACGUUAUUCUGGAUCAUCUCACUGGUGCUGAUGUCCAUUGGUGUGUACGCCAGGAUCACGAAACACGAGACGGCUAUGGCCUGUUUAACCAUGGACCCCUCUGUCCUCCUGAUGGCUGUGGGAAUUCUUAUGUUCCUCAUCACCUUCUGUGGUUGUGUGGGCUCCCUCAGAGAAAACAUCUGCCUCCUGCAGACGUUCUGCAUCUGUUUGACGGUCAUCUUUCUGCUGCAGCUCACUUCUGGAGUUUUAGGUUUUGUCUUCUCAGACAAGGUACGUCAUAAGGUGACAAAAAUGAUUAACAAUGCAAUAGAGCAUUACAGAGAUGAUCUGGACCUCCAGAAUCUCAUCGACUUUGGACAAAAAGAGUUUGCCUGCUGUGGUGGCAUCUCUUACUUGGAUUGGUCCCAGAACGUGUACUUCAACUGCUCCACGGAGAACCCGAGCAGGGAGCGCUGCUCCGUGCCCUUCUCCUGCUGCCUGAUCUCAAAAGACGAGAAUGUUAUAAACACUAUGUGUGGACAUGGAAUGCAGGAGCUAGAUUAUGUCCAAGCCGGCAUCUUCAUCAACACCAACGGCUGCAUAGACAAGCUUGUCAACUGGAUCCACAGUAACCUUUUUGUGCUGGGAGGAUUGGCACUGGGUCUAGCCAUCCCUCAGCUGGUGGGGAUCAUGCUUUCUCAGGUCCUGAUUAACCAGAUCCAGGAUCAGAUCAAACUGCAGGACUACAACCUGCAGCACCACACAGACCUCUGGAGCUGAGUCUUGAAUCUCUGAAGGCUGCUGGUGAAGGAACCUGGAGCCGAGAGCAACUUUUCCGAUCGACACUGAGCCGCUGCCCUUCCACGUAAGCAGUCUGUAAAUUACGCGUAACUCUCCGUGGCCGAUACGUCCAGGAUUUGUGUUGGGGGAAACUCUCCAGUGGCCAGGACAAUGUUAGAAAACCUGAAUCACCUCUGAAGCCAUACUUUGGUGGAAUUAGGUGCAAGAUUCUGUGAUCUCUUCAUUGUGUAUGGUGACCAUUUUUGAGUUACCUGCUAUGAAGUCACAUGUUACCACAGAAGAUGUGCAACGUUACAGGGAAUGCCAUCUUGAAAGGAAAAGGCCAAUGUUAUUUUAAAAUUAUGUCUCUCCAAUAAUAACCAGACGACCUGAGGGCAACUUUUUUUUUAAUGACAAACAACAACCCCAAACAAGUGUCUGUUUCAAAAUUACUGUUCUUUUUGCAUGUAUAUACUGCUGCUUAAAUCAUGUGUGCAGAGUCUGUGUUCAUAGAAUGAUUGAGUUCAUUCAUGUAUUUAGGCAUGUUUUGGUACAAUCUGUUAACCUGUUGUUUUUCUACAUUUCAGAAAAAUAGAUUUAUGACUUUUGUACACUUUGAUCGAGCAAAGCAUUAAAGCACUCCUUAUUGCAAAAAGCGUUACUGCAUUCAAAAUGAUAA